AUGAAAUCGCUUGCUGUUCGGGUGGUGCUUGCGGGGGCGUUAGCGGGCGCAAGGGCAUUGCGUGGCUGUGCUGCGCCUGCCGCGUGCGUAGCGCGAUAUCGAACGGUUCACGUAGCAUCCUUUCAAGAAGCUGUGUCGCAUUCUGCCUCGAUUUUACUCCUUCAUUCACUCCACCUCGAGAGCGCGCUCCCAGCGACACCAACUCAAAAAAACCACUAUUGCGGUUCAUCUGCGAAGGAAACACCUGACCGACUUCGGAAUCCGAGCACUUGCCCAGGUGCCGCGCCACGCCGUUCGAAAGUAACGAGAAGCGUCAUCUUAGGCCAACACUCCUGCACCACCCUCGUCGCCGUCGGGAACACACCUCAGAAAUGGACGCCAACAAGCAAUACGGCGCACCGCCACAGUACCCUCAGUCGCCGCCGCCGGUUCACCAAGAUGCCGGCCCAUACAACCAGGGCGGCAUGCAGCCAUACCAGCAGGGCCCGCCCAGCAGCAACGACUACCACGGCUCGCCCAACCCAUACCAGCAAGGUCCCGGCUACGGGCCACCACAGGGCCAGUACGGACCCCCUGGAGGACAGUACGGACAGCCGCAGCAGCAGAUGAACUACCAGCAGGGCCCGCCGCCACAGGGAGGCUACUACCAGGACGAUAGGAGGCAGCAAGGAGGCGGAAGCGGCGGCCUGUUUGCCGGUCUGUGCGCUGGUCUAGCCUGUUGUUGCUGCUUGGACUGCCUGUUCUAAGCGCAGGCGGUGCUGCGACAGGUGGUGGAAUGCGAUGGGAAUGCGAUGAGCGCAGCUUGUGCGUGGGCAAGGCUGUGUUGAGGCAGCACAUACUCAAUACUUCGCGCCUGCUGGACGGGUUAAUAUUUAAUCCUGGUCAGCAGAAGGGGUACCGAGAUGAAUGGUUAUUUGGGUUUCCUUUGUUCUUGGUCAGGUCUUCCUUCUACACGUGAUUCGGGGGAUGAAUCUAGUAGAAUUUGGGUUACCAUCUUCUUUCGCAACACCUUCAAAGUGACAUGCUCUACUUGCC